UCGAAGUAGAGAGGAAGUAGCAGCAAAGAUUGCUCUUUCUGAUAGCGCUCAGCAAACGGCUAUCUUUAAGGUACUUAUAGCAAAUUUUUCUGGGGAAGGCAAAUUAAUAGCAGUAUCGAAGAGGUGUUCUUUCAUAGCGCUCGGCAAACGGCUAUCUUUAAGCAUGCCAGAAACAUCCCAAGUGAUCACUUCAAUCGAACAUGUCUCUAUGCAUAUCACAUGCAUGGAACUUCAAUUCUAUAGAGGUGCCGUAGCCGGUGAAAUUGAUGUGUUCAGGGAUAAGGAUGACCAAAUUGAGUCUAUUCUAACUCCAAAUAAAAACACAAUCCUUCAUGUUCACUUGAUGACAUGUCAUGAGGCAUCGGAGGAAUUUGUGGAUGGGAUUCUAAAUAUGUACCGUGCACUUCUGACGAAGGCUAAUGCCAAGGAUGAAACCAUCCUUCAUAUAGCAGCCAGGUAUGGACAUAUUGAAAUAGUGAAAAAAAUUAUUGAACAUGUUAAUGAAGCUACCCCUAGUGAAAAUGAAAUUAAGAAAACACUUAUAAGGGCUACAAAUGAUAAGAAGGACACAGCCCUACAUGAAGCAGUACGUUAUAAUCAUAAAGAAGUAGUGAAGUUGUUGAUAGAAGAAGACCCAGAUCACCCAUAUUUUAAAAAUAAUGAUGGGGAGACUUCACUUUAUAUUGCUGUUGAGAGAUGUUACUGUGAAGUAAUACAUACAAUAUUGGAGAAAAGCAAUUCACCAAAUCAUGAAGGCCCCAAUGGUAGAACAGCAUUACAUGCAGCUAUUGUUCAUUUGAUGAAGCGGGAAGAUCUAGGAACAUUGGAGAAGUUGCUGCAAAAAAUACCGUCAGCGGUGAAAGACGCAGAUGAAAAUGGAUGGGUGCCACUUCACUUAGCAGCAUUAGAUAAACGGGAUGGCAAUGAAUUGGUAGAGGUUUUGCUAAGGCAUGAUAGAAACACAGCAUACAUGAGAGACAAUAAGGGAAGGACGGCUCUUCACUUUGCUGCACAUUGUGGAAAUGUUGUAGCCAUGAGAAAGAUAAUAGAAUAUUGUCCAGAUUGUUCAGAGUUGGUGGAUCACAAGGGCCGCAAUGCUCUUCAUUAUACUACAAGUCUUGAGAGAGGCCAACUCCCAUUCAUUGGAAGAUUAAGAGCUGCAGAAGUGUUUAUGGACAGACAACAACUAAGAAACAUGCACAAUGAGAAAGACAAUGAUGGCAACACGCCCCUUCAUCUCCUUGCCCAUUAUGCUUCCACAUGGAAAGAAUAUCAUUUUCAUCAUCUUCUGAAAGAAAAUACAAAAGUGGACACGACGGCAUUCAAUAAAAACAACCAAACUGCUCUUGAUGUUGCUUAUGAUAAUGUGCCUUCAACUUCACAAUAUGAGAAUAUUUUCUUGGGAGUACUUCAACACCAAUUUAAAGCAAGGUUUGGUGGGAGAGUCAUAAAUGAGAAUGUUAAAAAGAAGAAACAACAGAAGAGAUAUCAUCCAGCAGUGAUAGAAAAGCAGGAACAGGAGAACGAGGAACAAGAGGGAGAUGAUGAGUCAAAAAUUCAAGGCAGAGAGAGACAAACCUUGCUUGUGGUGGCCACACUGAUAGCAACAGUAACAUUUGCAGCAGGAUUUACGGUGCCUGGGGGUACCAUACAAGAUGGUAAAAACAAGGGCUCUCCCAUGUUAAUGCAUAAUGCAGCUUUUAAGGCAUUUGUGAUCACAGAUUCUCUCUCCUUUGCUCUCUCUAUUUCUGUUCUCUUUGUCCCAAUUUUCUCAUCAUUUGCAGGGAGAAAUAAUUGUUUCUCUGUUUCAAGUAGAAGUUCGUUCCUAGUAGCCUUACUUUUGACGAUGUACGGAAUGGUAUUCAUGGCAGUGGCAUUUGCGACGGCCACAUAUGCUGUCUUGGCUCCUUCCAAAGGCCUUGCUAUUGCCACUCUUCUUAUUGCAUUGUAUUUCUGCUUCGGCGUUUUCUCUUAUUUGUUUUGCAGGAUAAGAGUGUCACGUUACAAAUGGUGUACGAAACUGGUCAGUUUGAAAAGUCUCCUAUUGUUGCAAUGGAAGACAUGCAAUUGUUAGAUAGUGUAUGAGAUCCCAAAACAUAUCAAAUAUUUUCAAUUGCAAUUCACAUCUUUGCAUUUUCGUAAUUAUUUUUUCUUCAUCCAUAUCACAUGAUGU